CAACCUCUCUCUCUCUCUCUCUCUCUCUCUCUCUCUCUCUCUCUCUCUCUCUAAGACACACACAAACACGUCAUGGGUAAUGCAAUGGCUGCGUGUUGUCUAGCAAGUGAAGUUUCAUUUGUAAAGGUUAUCUACUGGGAUGGGAACAUAAGAACCCUAACAGGAAAACGGUGGAUAGCCGGUGAGAUCAUGAUUGAACAUCCGGAUAGCAUGGUUUGUGAUGCAGAUUUUUUCUUCAUCGGCCAAGUGAUCCCGGCUUUAACGAUCGACGAUCCGCUCAAGCCAGGCAAGACCUACUUUGUUCUCCCACUCGACAUCUUCUCAUCCAAAACCCUCUCAGCUUCUUCAAUAUCAGCUUUGGUCAGCCACACGCCAACACGAACCGGCCGGGUUAACUUCAAAGAGUGUCCUUUCGAGUACAUAAAGGGAUCGAACGGGCGGGUUUUGAUCAAGGUGUCAUCUGAGUUUAUGGAAAGACUUCUUACGAGAAGAGGUGGUCAUGAUGAUCAAGAAAAUGAAGGUUCAAAUGGUGAAGCAACUAAUGGGUUCUUGUGUAGUACACCAGAAUUGAAGAAAGUGUAUCAACAGUUGGUUGGGUCCAAGGAUCAAACAUGGUCACCUAAGCUUGAGACCAUUUCAGAACAUAACAUGAUUAGGUAUUCUCCUUAUAGAUUAAUAGGGUUAGAAGGCAAAGAUAAAGAGGGUGGUGCUUAGUAUUAGUAAACGACAAUUUCUUUUUCUUCAUUUUUUUUGUCUAAUUUAUAUUUUUUCAUGAUUGUACGUACUUGGUAUACUAAUGUUAGAAUUAGCCCUUAAGGUAUAUUAAAAGUUACUGAUAAUGCUUGUAUAUAAAG